CCCACCCCGACCUUCCUUCCACUGCUGACGGCAGCCCUAUUCUAGCAUCCAUCAUUUUCACAAUCAUCAUUCGAUAUCUUCAUUGCAGUCUAUCGUCGACAGUUUAGAAUCCCUCCGAUCGACCAUCUCAACUUAAAAUAGUAAAGAAUCUCCGAACUUAGGAACUUCAUAACGCAUUUUCGAGAUACCCAAAUCACGACACGACAAUGAUUAGCCGUAUUUCGUACUCCCUGAGGGCUGCUUUUAUCCAUUUUCUUUCCUGAUUCUCAGCUGUCCUGACGUCGUUACACCGAAGCUAUCGGGCAUCUCGAUCGUUAAGUGCUUUUCUUCGUUCGUGGUUCUUAGGAUUUGUGAGAACCUCAAGUUUUUACCUGUCGUUAUCGAGGACGAGCGAUACACCCUGAUUAUUCUGGUUAUUAUCAAACGCGAUUUCUACGUACUUAAUCAUGGCGACCGUACCAGCAGCGACUGCUGGCCCUAAAAAAUUAUCCUUCGCCAAGGUUGUUGCUUCUAAACCCAUAUCUAAACCUAAAGAGAAUAUUCCUAUCGUUUCGGCUACCCGAGUCGCCGUACCAACCAUGGACCACCGCGUACAGUCCUCUACAGCUUCUACAAAUGCUGCCCCAGCAAGCAAGAAUAUAGUAUCAACUCCCGCCCACAGUCCGACAGCUGCUACCAAAUCCCCCCCUGCCCCAAAGGAAAAUGGUGUAGUGGUUACUCCGCCCGGUAGCGAGGCGGUUAACAGCACUAAGCCUGCGCAAAGCGGCAAGGAUCAGCAAGCCUCACUUUCCACUGCUAGCGCUUCAUCCACGCCCAGCCUCGUCGUGAAUGGUUCUUCAUCAUCAUUAGGCGAUUCACAGAGCAAGAACGAAAACGCAACGUCCGUAUCAGAUGACGCUUCGCAGAGGGCGGAUUCUAACUCCGAGAUGGGUACUAAGGCGCCUAGUCUUGAUGGGAAAAGCAUUACUUCGGGAACUACGUUCGCACUCGAUGAGAAGGAAUCUCUGCGCCCAGACGAUAGCGCUAGUGUAAAAGCAUCUGCGGAAGACGACGAAGCGUUUUCGAUAAGAGGUUCAUUGAUUGCGACUUCUCGAGGUUCCGAAGUGGCUCGUAUCCAUCGACUUCGGAUCGGCGAUAUGCCCGAGAGACGAAUCGUUCAAUUACUACCCGAAGCGCCAGAUCAGGGCAUUGUCACACCUCAAAGUGGUAUUUCAAGCCAACCACCCCCUAUUGAGCAACCUCCGGCGCUAGGCAUUGUGAAUGGAUCAUCUGAUGCAUUCACUUCUAUGUACGGCCAGAAUCCGGAUGAAAAGCUCCUCGAGGCCAUGCAAUCGCCUAAGGACAGGAUUUUCCUACUUAGAUUGGAGCAGGAAGUUAUUAACUUCGUCCAAUCUUCUAAGGAACCUUAUAUGGACUUUCCACCAAACAACUCGUUCUGCAGGAUGUUAACCCAUAAGCUUGCUGACUAUUAUCACAUGACACACUCUUUUGAGGCGGUUCAAGGCUCCGUCCGCAUUUAUCGAACUCCAUUUUGCCGCGUGCCGCCAUCUUUAGCAAGCAUCGUGGGAACAAACACCAAUACCACCACCACUACAACACCCCCGCAGCUUUUACCAAAGAAAAUUAUGCGGCGUGGCGAGGAUGGUGGGUCAGGUGGAGCUAGUACUAGCCCAUCCAAAGCAACUUCCGAAGUUGGAAGCGACGGAAAGGAAAAGGGGGCUCAAACAAAAGAGAAACUUACUAGAGAGGAGCGCGAAGAGGCUUACUUCAAAGCUCGAGAGAAGAUUUUUGGCACAGAUAAACCGGGAGAAUCAACACCAGAAACUGAUGAUGCAAAUGGAGUCUCGAGAGCGAGCUCCGUAUCCGCAAAGGACAAGUCAACCCUUGGAAAGCGUGGGAAGACGGGGAAGCAACGAAGAGACGACUCUGAAAGUUUCGACUCUCGUUCUCAGUACCAACCAUACUAUAACCCUCAUCAACCCAACUGGACGCCUCAUUAUGUUCCAAUUGGACACCCGCAAUAUAAUAGUCCGGUCCAGCAGCCUUACCAGACUCAAAUGCCUCAGGCGUAUGCGCCACCUCCACAAGCAUAUCCGACCAUGAUACCAACCAACGCAUACCCUCAGUAUGCGAGUAUGCCAGUAUACCCUGCUCAGACACAGCCUACUCCGCCACGAUAUAACCCUUCUAAUGGCCCUAUGGCUACUUACGGCGGACCAGUCCAGACUCCCCCGCAACAGCAAUGGCAACAACCUCCCCCUAGUUACCCUCCCCAAGUGCCCUCGUCUAGCCCGUAUCAGGGACGGGCUCCUCAGCCUGCAGCUCAGGGAGCCGCAGGAGCUCUUGGCAUCCCUUACGCUUUCGGACAGCUUCCUGUGAACGCCAACCCGCAUGACCCUAAGAGUCAGCACCCUAUUCCCGGGAGCUAUAACCGCCAUGCCUUUAACCCUAAGACGCAGUCGUUCGUGCCCAGCAAUGGGAUGAUGCAGGUUCAGCCUCCCAUUCCCCCCUAUACCAUGGGCGGUCACGGAAGCCCUCAAGUCGGGUCACCCCACCUAGCCUAUAGUGGGUAUGCGUCUCCUGCUCCGCCACCUCAGCCUUACGUUGGCGGGCCAGGUUAUGGGAUGAGCCGACAGGGCUCAAACAGCUCUCUACCGGCUUAUCAUCCACCUCAGCAUCUCCCCCAACAUCCGUCAGCGCACCUUCCGCAGGCUCCGCCUCAGAUGCCGAACAAGCCAAGCAUCCCUCCCCCGACCGGGCCAGGUCAAGCAUUUAGCCACCUACCCACAUACGGAAACCCGGCCACUCUACCUCAAAAGCCUCCUACUGGAAUCUAGAUAAAGACUCGCGCAACGCAAUACACGCAUGAAAAGUUAGCAAGCAUUGGUGGUGUUUAUUCUUUUCGGUGAAGACUCGAGGCGGAUGGAUAAAGGGCAUCCACGAGAGACAACGACACCGGCGUAAAUUGGCGGGCUGCUAUUACGGUAUCAUUGGUUGGCGUUUACGGCGCGGUUGGGUUUAAAUUAAGACACGUUGAUGGAAAUGACGAAAGAUCUCCUUGCCCCUUUUUUUGUAAGAGCAUCGAGGUCAGAGGUAUCAGUAGCCGACAUAUUCGAUGUAGAAGGAACUCCACUCUGUGUGGACCGGUCCUGGGUUCCGGCUGCCUAGGAUUAUGAUGAUUGCAGUUAUAGUAUUCGCUGAUAUCAAGGUAGAGUAAAGUGAGCAAUUUUACUACAUGCAUUAAACAUUACAUCAGACUAUACCUGAGAUUGACAUUGUCAUUAUAUUGAUAUGUGC